UCUCAAGCAUGGCACUAUGAGGAUCUUAUGUUGCUGGUGGUACCAAACAAUUGGAAUUACAUUAACAGGGGUGACGCCAGGGCUUGACUCCUGGCAGUGCCCUCUGGCCUUGCCUGCCUUCUUGGGCAGAGAACCAAAAAGCUUGCAGGACUGUAUGUACUGCUCCCUAUUCCCCCAACUAUUGGCUCUGGACGGUCAAUAAAACCCGAGUCUAGAGAAUAGUUGGCCAGAAGGGCUGACCCUCAUCAUGGUUGUCUUCAGCAUGGAACCAGGGACUCUGUUCCCACCCCCGAAUCCUGAAAGUAGGAAAGGGGGAAGCAUCUGAGCGCCUGCCCCAAGAUCAAGAGGCUGGAAUCCAAUUCCAGACCCUCCCUCACAGACUUUCCUGCAGCCCAACAGUCUAGCCCUUGGAGAUGAGAGCUGGGGCACUGGAAGACCAUAUGUUGGGCAGGCAUCAAGUCCUCCCAGCUGGAAAAAUGUCUGAAUCUGGAAGAAAGGGAACACAAGCCACCACGGACCUCUUAUAGUCUCAGUUCCCACCAAAGCACAAAGCAUUUCCUGUGCCUUUCCGUUAUUUCACAAGUUCUUCUCACUUACACCCUGGGCUGCAGGACAGAGGACCUUUUCUCCUCCAAGAAGCCAGACAGCUGGCUCUAACCUCUCCUGGUCAACACCAUGGCCAAAACCCCUAGUGACUAUCUGUUGUACUCCCUGGAGGAGCUGGUGCCCUAUGACUUUGAAAAGUUCAAGUUCAAGCUGAAAAACACCAGCCUGGAGAAGGAGCAUCCUCGGAUACCCCAAGGCCAGCUCCAGACAGCUAGGCCAGUGAGGCUGGCCACUCUGAUGCUCACCCACUAUGGGGAGAAGUGUGCUGUGCGGCUGACACUGCAGGUCCUGAGGGCCAUCAACCAGCACCUCCUGGCAGAGGAGCUCCACAGGGCGAUUGGUCCAGAAUAUCCAAUACAAGAAAGUGGCACUGACUGUUUGGCAAUGUCUUGUUUAUCUGGGGAGAAUAAGCCUAAAAGCCUAAGGAUAUCAGAUGGCCUGGAAGGUGACAGGCAGCAGCAAAGUGGUGAUGGGGCAACCAGCCAGCCCAAGGCCGGGAAGGGGCCCCAGAAGAAACCUCAGGGUAAACGGAGAGAUCAGAAGGGCUCAGAGGGCCUGGAUGUUCAGGGCAAGCCAGGCCCCAGGAGUGUGACUCUGUCAUCCAAAAAAAGUCCAUUCCCAGGCAAGCCACAAGGCGAGAAGGGGAGCAAUUCGAGUGUCAGGCUACGCCGGAAUGCCAGCUCUGCAGGAAGACUCCAAGGACUUUCCAGUGGGUCAUUUGCUGGGUCCCCGGGCAGGAAAGAAUGCAAGAUAUCUGAAACAUGUGUACCUUCAAAAAAGAAUCGACCCAAAAGUCUUGAAUUUACCAUUUCUUCAGGAGAGAGAGAACUGCCCAAUCUAGGAACUCUUCUGCCUCAAGAGAAAAUCAGACGUGAGAAUCCCGACUCAGCAGCUAUCCUCCGCAAAGUGGCCACUCUGGAUGUAGGCGCUACCAUAGCUCUGGAGAAAUGCUCCAGAAAUCCAGAACAUUUUGUGACAAUGGAUGGGGAAGCAUUCAGGAUUAUGCUUUCCAAUAUGUCAUUGGCUGGAGAGGAGAAGACCUGGGAGCAUCCAGAAUCCACAACACCUUCGGAGAAAAAUAAAAAUGAAGAACCAGAGACCCCUGGGACCUCAGGGGAGGCAACAGGCAAUGAGCUUUUAAAUCCAGGAGUCCCUCCAUCUUCAGGGAGGCCGCAGGAUGAAGCUGUGUGUCCCCUUUGCCGUACCCAGGAAGGAGAUCCAGUUGGUGGCACUCGUGUGCACAAUUCUUGCAGCUGCUCCAUUGCUUCUAGGGAUCCUAAGACCUCAGGGGGUUGCUUGCCCAGCUGCCCCAGGUACCAGGCCUCGCUUCCAAUGGAGAGCUCUGGAGGCUUUGAGCGGCAGGAGGGCCUUCUGAUGACCUGUCUGAGCCCUAAGCCCCUGCCGCAAUGUGAGCGUCACAGGAAGCAGGCCCAGUUGCUCUUCUGCGAGGACCAUGGGGAAACUAUCUGCCUCGUCUGCAGCCUGAGUCAGGAGCACCGAGGCCACUGGGUACGCCCCAUCGAGGAAGCUGCCCUGGAAUACAAGGACCAAAUUCAGAAGCAGCUGGAGCAUCUGAAGGAGCUGAGAAAAUCUGGAGAGGAGCAGAGAUCUCAGGGGGAUAAGAACAUAGUGAACUACCUGAAACAAACUGAAAUCCAGAAGCAGAAAGUUAGAUACCAGUUGGAGAAGUCGCACCGCUUUCUGGAGCAGCAAGAGCAGCUCUUUGUGGCCUGGCUAGAGGAACUGGGCCAGACCAUUGGCCAGGUCAGGGAGACAUAUGGCACCCAAGUAUCCAGGGAUAUUGCCCCUCUCAGCAAGAUGAUCGAGGAGCUGGAGGCCAAGCAGUGCCAGCCAGAAUGGGAGCUUAUGCAGGACAUCGGAGUCACCCUGAACAGAGCCAAGACACUGACUGUCCCUGAGCCAUGGACCACUCCUCUAGAGGUAAAAGAAAAGAUCCACCUCCUCCACCAGAAAUCAGAGUUUAUGGACAAGAGCAUAAAGCAUUUCUUGGAAACCCUAUAUUCAGGAAUGGAAACCUUCAGUGUUCCAGAACUGAUUGGUGCUCAGGCACAUGCUGGAAAGUGCCCAGAUCAAGUUAAUGUACUUCUGGAUGCAGAAACUGCCCAACCCAACCUCAUCAUCUCUGAUGACCUGAAGAGUGUUAGGCUUGGAAACAAGUAGAACCGCAUGCCUGACAAUCCAGAAAGAUUUGAUAGCUGCGUUAUUGCCCUGGGCUCUCCGAGCUUCCUCUCUGGCCACCAUUACUGGGAAGUGGAGGUGGGAGACAAGACAGCAUGGGUCCUAGGCAUCUGCAAGACAUCCAUAAGCAGAAAGGGGAGCAUGACUCUGUCACCAGAGAAUGGCUACUAGGUGGUGAUGAUGAUGAAGCAAAAUGAGUACAAGGUGUCCACCCUUCCCCCAAUCUGCCUGCAGAUGAGGAAGACCCCCAGGCGUGUGGACAUCCUCCUGGACUACUUGGCUCGAGACAUUUCCUUUUACAAUGUGACAGCCAAAUCUCACAUCUACACAUUCACCAGCUUCUCUUCCUCUGGGCCCCUUCAACUUAUCUUCAGCCCUAAAACACAUGAUGGAGGGAAGAAUAUGGGUCCUGUCACCAUGUGUCCAGUGGAUGGCCAGGUGCCUCACUGAAUGCCUUAUACUUUUCGUCUUUCUUCCAACUCCCAACCUUGUCUCUUGAAUUCAUACACUCAACAGUUAUUAUUGUACAUAUACCAAAUUUUGGGUGCUUUGGGAAAUACAAUAAAUCAGAAAAUAGUCUGUGUGCCCCAGGAGCUUAUGGAGUUGUAGUUGAAGUAAGCUAGGUACUUAAAUAGUGGUAAACCAAGGGUGAAAAAAGAAAACACACGUAAUGAUGACAUGCGAAGUUUUCUUCAGAAUAGGAAGUACAUGGCUAUUGCUCAAUAAAUCCUUGUAUGUAUUAACACCCUAAGAGGUUCCUGAGACAGAGAUCCCACUCUCAUUUCCCUCAGGACGCCAUGGCAAAGUCAUGUCCCCUCAGUUUAUUCUCCCCUGUUUUGAGGACUUGGGAAUUCUAGAUUUAAAAAACAAAACAAAACAAAACAAGCACAGUGUCUUGCUGUAAUUUGUUUUUUUGUACCUGGAAUAGUAAACUAUGAUUCUUAAACAGCACUGGCUAGGCCUGAUAAACUGAUUAGAAAAUUUUAUCAUAAUUCCAUUUGUUGUCACUCAAUUGGUCACUGUGAGAUUCCACUUCCCUACUGAACACCAUGAAAGAGAUGGGGCUACUGUGGUGGGAAAACAUUUGACAUACAUUCCAAGUGUCCAGUUAUUCUGUCCUGAUCUAUAUCUGGAAAUCUGUGAGCCUGUGGAAUAUUAUGUGCUCUAGUUCACAGAUGUCCCCUCUAUCAUCCCCCAUUAGAUGUAAAGAGAAAGGAUGUAAGAAAAAAAUAAUCAAUGAAGAUUAAACUCCAAACCCCUCCUACAUCAACUCCUCUUUCUGUAUCUUCACACUAGACCCUAGAUUGGACUCCAGUUCUCCAUGGUUGUGACCACAGCACAAAACACGUUUUGCUGUCUUCAUGGUGCUUUGUCCUAUGUGAAUGAUCCACAUGCUGACACAGUUCAUGUGCCCUAUUUGCUCAGCUGUUCCCUAUGGUUGGUCAUUUGUUACUUCCAAUUAUUCCUGCACUUUUCACAAUCAGCUUCGUGUUUAUUUUCCACCACCUCACUAUACACUUAUUUUUUUUUCUCCUCUUAUUCUUAAAACAGUUCUAGAAUGUGAACUGUUUGAUAACACUUGCUACAGUGGCCAUAUAAUCCUCCAGAAAGAUUUAAAAUAUUUCAUGCCCAAAACAAUGUUUGACAUUAUUUUUUGCUGGUUUAACAGAGAUAUAAUGAGAUUUUACCUAUGUUUUGUCUCAUUACCAUUUAUGAGGCAGUGAAUUUUUCCCAGUGAAUUUCUACUUUUUACUUCAUUCUGUAGAAAUGGUACAGGUCCUUUGACUAUUUACUUGUAGAAUCUAAAUAUUCAAGUUUUUUGUUGAUAUUAUGUUCUUCAUAAAUAUUUUAGAUACUAAACAUUUGUAUCUGUAAGAUGAAAUCUUCCCUGUCUGGUGUUUUUUAAUUGUGAUAUAUUUCACAUACCAUAAGAUUCACCCUUUGAAGGUGUAUAGGACUUCCAGUCAAGAUUGGCAGAGUAGGUAAAGGCUGCGCUUGCCUUCUCUCACAACUACAACUAAAUUACAAAACCACCACCCUUGAGAACCAUCUGAAAACUAGCUGAAUGAAAUUCCUAAACUAAGUAUACAAAAAAGAAGCCACACCAAGACUGGUAGGAGGGGCAAAGAUGCAAAAUGGGCUGUGGAGGUGCCUGCCGAGGAGCCAGGAAAUCCAGCCCUAUACCGAGCUCCCCAGCCCAGACCACC